AUGAUGAAAAUGCUUGUGUGCCUUCCACUGCUGGCUCUCUGUGCAGGCUAUGCUUAUGGGACUGCAACAGGAAAUGCAGUGAACAGACUGGUCACUGAAACUCUAUCGCUAAUCACAGCUCACCGAACUUUGCUGAUAGGCAAUGGGACUCUGAGGAUUUCGAUACCUGACCCACAAAAUCAUCCACUGUGUAUUGAAGAAAUUUUCCAGGGAAUAGAAACACUGAAGAACCAAACUGCUGAAGACAAUGUGGCAGAAAAAAUUUUUCAAAACUUGUCUUCUCUAAAAGAAUACAUAACUGCCAAAGAAAAACAGUGUGGAGGAGAAAGAAGAAGAGUAGAGCAGUUCUUGGACUACCUGGAAGAUUUUCUUCGGAUAGUGAACACUGAGUGGAACACUGAGUGGACAGUAGAAAGUUAA